AUGUACCAUCGAUACUGGAUCUUUCUGUUUUACCUUAAAUUGGGAGCGAUCGUUUUCUUUAUCAAUGUUCUUUUUUUUACAAAAGAUUUUUACAACACAGACUUUUACAAACGUCCGAAAAGUACUAAACAACCAGUCAGACAUUGGACCGAAAAAUCUCCGUAUCUGGUUGACACCUCUGCUUGUAAAAUUCCAAAAAUUGACCCUUUUGACCCGUCAAUUGCCAAAUUCAUCAAAUCUCAUCGCGAACCACUUCUGUGUAACCGACGACCGUCCCUAACAUAUGAAAACGGGACCAGGUUGCACAUUAAUUGGACAGCAGUUAAUCAAAUAAAAUGGAAUGGCCAGUUUGGUUACUGUAAAAUCCAACCUAUAUAUAGACCGCCGGAUAACCAUGACCACAACUAUUUCACAUACUUGCCGAGUGAAAAAUUUUACGAUAUCAUUGAAAUGAGGCAUGAAUUCGCCAGAGUUAUAUGUUUCGACCGCAAUCAUAGGAAAAUUCAUAAAAAUUUUCAUCAAUUUAUUUUACCGAAAUCCGAUGUCGAUGAGAGGUGUUCACUUGCUUUUAAUGAGCACAGAACAAGUUCUAACAUUAAAGAGACUCUCAGUAUUGUCAUGAUUGGGGUGGAUUCCGUGUCAAGGCUGAAUUCUCAAAGGUACAUGAAACGCAUGCGGAAUUAUCUAUUGAAAGAACUAGGUGCAUUUGAGAUGACUGGUUACAACAAAGUAGCGGAUAAUACCUUUGUGAAUAUUGUUCCUAUGACCAUGGGAAAAUUCUUGGAGGAAGUGCCCUGGAAUGAAAGCAUGAGUAAAAUUCCAUUUGAUGAUUACGAUUUUAUUUGGAAACAGUUUGCUUCCAAAGGAUAUCGGACUCUUUACGCAGAGGACGCUCCAAAAAUAGCUAUGUUUGAUUAUUUGAGAUCGGGAUUUCACCGGUCUCCAGCGGAUUACUUUAACCGACAUUUUUCAUUGGCUAUGACGGCGGACAAGAGUGUUUGGUAUUACAACCAUAAUUGCGUAACAGAUAGACUAGAAACCGACAUUAUUCUAAGCUACACUUACCACUUCAUGGACAUGUACAGAUACUCUCCAUAUUUUGCUUUUUCUUUUAUAUCUGGUUUAACUCAUGAUGACCUUAACGAUGCGAAAUAUGCAGAUGUUCCAUAUUUAGAAUUUCUGAAGAAACUUCAGGAAAACAGACAACUCAAUAAUACAGUGUUGAUCUUGUACAGUGAUCAUGGAAUGCGCUUUGGAGAAAUACGUGAAUCAUACGUUGGGAAAAUGGAGGAGCGCUUACCUUUUUUCUCUAUUGUUUUUCCACAAUGGUUUCUCUCGAAAUACAAGGAUUAUGCAAAUAAUCUGAAAACGAAUACUCAGCGGUUAACAACACCAUUUGAUAUUUAUGAAACUCUUUUUGAUAUUCUUUAUUUUAACAAAUCAGUACCAAUGAGGGGGUUUAAAAACAGAGGCAUCAGUCUUUUCCGAGAAAUUCCGGAGGACAGAGGAUGCGAGGAAGCAGGAAUACUUCCGCACUGGUGCACAUGCGCUGAAUUUCAAACGCUGUCACUGAAUAAUGAAAUCGUACAAAAAGUAGCUAACGACAUGAUAAAGGAAAUCAACAUCCAACUCAAUAAAGUGUCUAAAAGAUGCGCGUUUCUAAGAUUAGGAAAAAUUAAAAACGCCAUUAAACUUCUUCCAUCUGAAAAGGUUCUAAGGUUUGAAGAAAGUAAGAAUAACGUCAUCAACAGAUUUGUAAAAUAUGGAGACCGCGUCAACGCACCGGUGAAUUAUCAGCUGACGUUUAGCACUGUUCCCGGUAACGCGCUGUUUGAGGCUACCAUGCAAUUUGAUGAGAGGGACGACUCGUACAAGAUGGUCAGCGAUAUUAGUAGAAUCAACGAAUACGGCCACCAGUCUGAUUGUGUUGAUGACUUCAACCUGAGGAAAUUUUGCUUCUGUAAAUCAUGACUACAUGUAUGUAAAUUGAAUACUUCCGAGAAAAACUGUAACAUGUUUGGCAGCUCGAUGGCAGAAAAUCAUGGUUAAAAAUUGUUGCUGAAAAUGAAUGCUUUGUAAACAUAUUGUGCCACUGCCAAUCAUAAACCGUAAAUUGUUUUGAAAGAAGUUUUAUCAUUUGUAAUAUUUUUACAAUUUAGAAAACCUCAAUAAUGGUGUGAUAUGAAAGGAUUUUUAAAUUUUCAAAAUAUAUUUAAAUGUAUUAGAUAUAUACGAAUUAAUCAUGUAUUAAAGUUAAACUUAUGAAUCAUGUGGUUGUUGGUGAUAAAGAUUAAGGAAUAAAAAAAUGUUUCAAUUUUUAAAGUCGGUUAACACUGAAUUAUUGUAUUGAAUGUAUCACAAAGCUUUGUCCACCUUUUUAAACAUUAAUAUGUAAGUGGAAAAGGUUGCUGAUCAUGAGUUGUAAAAACGUGAAUCCAAUCUUAUGGGGUUUGGUUUUUUUAGUUUACAAUAAAAUGUGUGUAAAAAAGAAUUGUUUACGUGUAAUUUAAUUCAUGAUUUACGUUAUUUGUGAUCAACGGAUUUGUUUAAAAAGGCUUUUUGUAACUUUGUAAGGACUUAUAUUUAGAGAAAACAUGCUGACUAAAAGGACUUUUUUUUCAUUUUACCUUUAUAUAUGUAUUAUAUUGUACUUGGACUAUGAAUACAACCAUAAUGCCAUUACAUAUGUGUGGAAGAAAUAAAGCAUUCAAAAUUAUACUAAAAAAAUAAUAAACGUCUGUUUCUUUAGGCGAUGGGAAGAGCUCAAGCAAAAGAAUGUAUCUUGCUCCAGGGAAAUCAUGUUCGGCUUGUUUGACGGGUACAUAACAAAUGUUUAUCAUACCAGUCUAUUUAGACUGCCUUGACUUACACUGUUUGAUUAUAUAUUUCAUGCACACCCAUUUUUUAAAUCGACGUUUGGGGAAGUUCGUAGGCAAUACGACCCUUGUGGUUUCCUUUAACCAUUAGAAAGCAAUGCACUUUUUCAAACAUGAAAAAAAAAAUGCUGUGGUCACUUAACCAACCAGUUCAUUAAUAAGUCUUGACUAUCAUAUACGGUGUUGUCACUUAUUCUGCAAGAUCUUGUUCUAUAAAGUAAACAAGGCUAUUCAUCUAUUUUCAGUAUGCACCCUCGCCGAUGAUCCUUCGUGUGCAGCCAUGUAUGUUUAACUGUGAUCAUUUCCUAUGCAAACGCGCCUUUAUCAAUCAUUAAUUACAUCAGAUUUCAUAAACAAAGCUUUCCUCCAAAGCUGAAUAAGAUCUGUAAACCUUGAUUGUGGUACAAUAUACACAUGUUUUUGACUCGUGAGAGGAUAUAA